UGUUAUUAUUGUUGUCGCCAUCGUCGUAGUCGCUGGUUACCGUGGUCGAUCAAGUCGGUACGAUACACUGCAUUUGUAGUCGUGGUAACGCGGUCGGUUACCGUGAGAGGUGAACCAAGUGACACGCAAGAUAUUCUCCAGUGCCAACUGAAGUAAUACCGUAGCCUGAGCAGGCAAAGGACAAAGAAGGAAAGGGCAGGCUGAAACAGAGGGCCAAGAUGCUCGACUUUGAACAACAGGCGAAUCAGGCACAGGCCCUGGCCUCGCUGGAUGAGGACUGGCACCUGCUCGAGGACGCUAAAAUGAGAUUGGAGGAAGAUCUUGUGAUCCGUAGGAGCAGACCCACAAUGAUUUCAGCCAAAUAUCGUGCGAGAGAGGAGCGUCGUCGCUUGCUAAAGAUCUCAGCUGGCAAGCUGAGAAGGAUCGAGGACCCGGAAGCCAGCCUGUGCAGAUCGGUUCUCAUAAACAAUGCCGUCAGACGGCUGCAACGCGAGAACCGGGACGAAAAGACAAGAAAUUAUGGGCUUCCGGUAGUUACGUAUCUGAGUGACUCUACCAAAGAGAACAACAUCUCUAGCAACCUUAUCGUCGGAGUAACGGACGACGAAACGUCUUCUAGAAAGAGAUUAAGUGAUGACACGAGGAACGAAGGAAUCAGUCCUAAGCGACAGAGGCACGACGAUCUCGACCUCCAGGACGACGUGUUCAGUGACUUCUACAUCUUACCGCCCACUCCUCGAUUGCUCUCUCACAUCGACGAGGUCCAAGAGCCCGAAUCCCCCCAUCACCAUCAUCUGGUUUAUCCAGAGGAUCGUUUAGGUUCCGUGGAGGUUCGGUCGGCAACGACUAUCAUUAGUACCAGCACUGCGAACACAACUACAAGCAGCAGCACCAGCACGCCAGCGAGUAGUUGCUAUGAUGCUAGUAGUCAACUAACUAGCAUUACCAGAUCCAAUGACGUUGGUAUGAUGGAGGCUUCUGACGUGGUUGAUCCUGACAGGAUCUGUGAUUUCGCGAGGUUUGCUGACUCCGCAAAAAGCCUAGAGGAACGUUUGGUCGAGUUGCAAUCCCUAGAUGAACAUUUCGAUUUGGCCAAAUUCGAGAGGAAUAACAAUCAGAGCUGUGGCAGAGCGUUCCACGAUAUCCAGACCUUCCACAGUCUAGUACCUGGCCUGGAAACCUAGAAGGGAGCCUCGUGCCUCGAGCACCCUACUCUCGUCGCGUCUAGUCCAAGGGAAAAGCACGAGCACGACCAAGACGACGAUAAGGAUAAGGGUAGACGGCUUCGCGGCACACACGAGGAACCACGGCGAGGAUGAACCUGGAACUGUUGGAUAGUACGGAGAGUAGCAUUGGCUACAAAUCUUCGGAAUGAUGGAAGAAAAAACAUCGUCGACUUGGUUGGACGACUAAUCAGGGGAUUUGCUCAUAGCACAGAAGUACGGGCAAACCUCGAAUAAAUAUUGGCUAAUUGUUUCAAGUAGUAUUCAAAACUGUACAUUUCCAGACUGCGAUGAAGAAUUGAAACUAUAACAAUUAUGAUUUUUUUAAUUUGGUUGAGCUUGUUAUUCAUGUGACGUUAGUGCAAAGAAAAAGUGUUUGAAGUAUAUGUUGAAAGAGAAUUGCAGCCUUCUACGGCCUACAGAUUAAUAGUCGAUAGCAUUGCUUGUUAUCCUUGGUAUUUUUGGUCGUCCAACCAUUGCCGAUGGCAUUAAAUAAUGUGGAAAAGGGAAGACUAUGUAAGAGGAUGAAAAAAAUGGACUUUCGUAAAUUGGGUGCGUUUUCAAUAGUAUCGACAUUUCUCGAUUUCAACGAGGAGUAUCUUCGCUAUGUACAUUACCGUCGGUCGGUACUGCGUUUUGUCGAUAUUAUAUGUUGAGCGUACGAGUAUCGGUACCAAAAUGUCCUGAAAAAUGCAUUACGUAUCGUAAUUUGUAUAUAUUCGAGUACGUUUCUAAGAGCACGUUAACAGUUAUAAUUAUAGAUGAAUUUGUAGCAAAAAUUUCAUGCAGAAAGUAAGAAAAAAAGUCGCCGAGGAGAAAUAUGCCGAACAGAAGAGAUGCGCGCGUCUGUUGUGUAUAAAUGCCUUUAGAGUAGCUGUGAAUCGAUGUAAAAGUGAUGUGCGAGCGGAAUCGAGUGAAUUUUCACUAUCGCAUUAAGUCACAA